GUCCACCUGCCCAGUCGCGAUUACCUGUCUCCAUACAGCGCACGCGUUUCAAAAUGGCCGACUGUUUUGCGCGCCAAAAUUCGCGAAAUUCAACCAAUUGCCGCGUAUUGAAAUAUACACAGGUCGUUUAGUUAUUUAUUAAAGUUUUACAAAUAGUACGAAAUUGUUGUAAAUUGUUACAAUUUAGUUUUGGGAUCUGUAAUUUUAAUUUUUUAAAAGAACAUCGGAAAACGGUUACGAAGUAAUUUUGAAAAUCGCAGUUUUUAGCACUGUUAAUUAAUUGAUUAAAUAUUUUUCUUGCUUAUUUUUUUUAUUUAAGUACAUAAUGUUGGAUAGUCGAUUAUGAAUUCUUGUGUUGUAAGAUUUGUUUUUUAAAAACAACAAUUAUGAAUGGAAAAUGCGUACGAAACUUUUCGGAUGUUUGGUGUUUAUUGUGUUGAUACUGUGCUGCGAUGGUUUCAAUAAUAAGAAGAAGGUUAAAAGAAAAAUAGGGACUGGUGCUGGAAAGAAUAAAGUCUUUUUUGGAAAUGUGACUGAAAAACAUGGUGAAAAGCGAGGAUUUUUGCCACACGGAGGUAUCUUCUCUUUGGGGAAGGUGCUCAACUUCUUCCCGGUGGGAGGAGAGAGGGAGUGCCAGCCCUCCGGGUUCACCAUCGCGCGCGCGGGCAUCUGCCUCAACCCUUACGACUGCCGCCAGAGGGACGGGCAGGCUGCGGGGGACUGCGCGCACGGACUCGGCGUGUGUUGUGUGUUUGAGGUGACAUGCGGAGGUGUGGUGCAGAACAAUCUGACGUAUUUCAUGUCUCCGCGCUUCCCCGAGCUGUGGACGGGCGAGAGGAACUGCUCCGUGCUCAUAGAGAAGACUCACGCUGGCAUCAUGCAGCUGAGGAUUGACUUCGUGCAUUUUACUAUCGGUCAGCCGAACCGUCUGACGGGAGAGUGUGACGAGGACGCCAUGGUGCUCGGGGAAGGAGCCAGCAACUACACACUCUGUGGACAAAACCAUGGACAGCAUAUCUACUAUACGCUGCCCAGCGGCGGCGAGACGCGCGAGGCGGGGGAGCUGCCCCGCGCGCGCCCCACCCCGCUGGUGAUCACCAUGCGUGGGGGCGACAUGCCCCGGCUGUGGCUGCUGCGACUGGCGCAGAUGCCCCUAGCGCACUCCUCUCCACACAACUGCUUGCAGUUUCACAUCGAGAACAACGGUACCAUAAAGACGUUCAACUACGCUUCAAAUGGACGCCACCUUGCUGCGCAGGAGUACAGAGCGUGCGUCAGAAGAAACAUAGGAUUCUGCUCCAUUCGCUAUACGCCAUGCGAUAACCGCUCUUUUCGUAUUGGACCUAGAGGCGAUAGUUCUUUGGACACUUCGAGCACUGAUCAAAUGGAUCAAGUAAUGCCAGUCGAUGACGAGCAGACCCAGCAAGAUGAGGAGGGCUCGGGAUCUGACCCACAAAUAGAAGAUACCUCUCCUACUCCGCAGCCCAGUUUUAUGUCGAGGAUAUGGAGCUUUAUCUGGCCGUUUGGCGGGCAGAGGGCGGGGCGGGCGUUCUGGAGCUGGUCGCCGUACAUGCAGCACUACAGUGAGGAGAAGCUCAAGUACUACGGGUACGGGUACUACGCUGGCGGCGGCUUUGGGAGACAGCGCUGUACUGACAGAGUCACCAUACCCUGCGAGAAUGAAUACUUCGUGUCGUCUCAACUGUUCGGUCCGGGGGUGUGCGACCCCCACCACUGCGGCAACACCUUCUGUCCGGGGGUGCGCCCGCAGGACUGUCGCGUGGACACGUCUAUCUCUCCCUUCGCCGUGUCCGUGCACUUCGGACCCCCCACCCUCAAGCAGAACCCCGAGGAGAACAUCGGCAUGUGUUUGAGAUACACUCAAGUGCCCUGUGACUCUUAAAACGUUUGCUGCGGUAUACGGUCAAUAGACCUUUACUAUGAACUUACUGACGGUGCAUAAAAAAAGAUGUAUGAGGUCUUUCGACCUCAUGUCGUACUGGAGCGUCAAAUUGACAUUUCUAGAGAUACUAGGCCUAUUUGAAGCACAACGCUCAUCAACCUCAUAUCGCAUUAAUCGAUUUGCCAGAAUUAUUUAGUGAUGAAUAAUAUACUCAAGUGCCUUGGACUCUUAAAACGUUUGCUGCGGUAUACGGUCGAUAGACCUUUCCUAUGAACUUACUGAUUGGGCAUAAAAAAAGAUGUAUGAGGUCUUUCGACCUCAUGUCGUACUGGAGCGUCGAAUUGACAUUUCUAGAGAUAUCAGGCCUAUAUGAAGCACAACGCUCAUCAAUCUCAUAUCGCAUUAGCCGAUUAGCCACAAUUAUUUAGUGAUGAAUGAUACACUCAAGUGCCCUGGACUUUUAAAACGGUCGCUGCGGUAUAAGGUCGAUAGACCUUUCCUAUGAACUUACUGACGGUGCGGGAAUAAAGAUGUAUGAGGUCUUUUGACCUUAUGUCGUGCUGGAGCGUCAAAUUGACAUUUCUAGAGAUAUCAGGCCUAUAUGAAGCACAACGCUCAUCAACCUCAUAUUGCAUUAAUCGAUUAGCCACAAUUAUUUAGUGAUGAAUGAUAUACUCAAGUGCCCUGGACUCCUAAAUCGUUUGCUGCGGUAUAAGGUCGAUAGACCUUUACUAUGAACUUACUGAUGGUGCAUAAAAAAAGAUGUAUGAGGUCUUUCGACCUUCUGUCAUACUGGAGCGUAAAAUUGACAUUCAUACGGAUACCAGGGCUGAAAGCCUUAUAUGAAGCACAACGCUCAUCAAUAUCAUAUCGCAUUAACCGAUGAGCCAGAAUUAUUUAGUGAUGAAUUGAAUAUGAUAUUGUGCAAAGCAAGUGCGUGGGUGAAUAUUCCUUAUGUUCACAUUUUUUGUAAUGUAUUAAAUUAAUACGUGUAGCCCAAGGGUGUUAAAAUUUGAGUUAGAAAAAAAUAAUGGAGUGCGACCGGCAGGACUCUCGCGUGAAAUGAAAUAAGAUGAAAUAAAAUUGAACCUCCAGGAAAACAUCAGCAUGUGUUUGAGAUACACCCAAGUGCCUUGUGACUCUUAACAUGUUUGUAGCGGUGUAAGGUCAAUAGACCUUAACUGCGAACUUACAGCCAGUUCGGGCGUAAUAAUAAUCUUCCUGGUGCGGUAGCUAUUUAGAAAGAAAGAAAAUAUUGUUACAUUAUGCCACACAUUACAAUUAUUUAAUUAGGAAUACUGAAUACCCUGCGAUAUGUGGCAGAACCUAGAAAAAGGUACCAGCUUAGCAUAUUGCUAUAUUUAUAAGUGAAUUCUUGGUGUACGACAAAGUCGAUAUUAUAUUUCCUUAGCGUACAAGAAGGAGGUCUUUGUUUGAUUUCCAGCUACAAAAUGUAUGUCAGUCACCCUUCAUCCAUUACAGGACAGUAAUACUGCACUUGUAUUUACCCGAUUGCCAAAAAGGUAAGAUUGGGCUUGCCAUAGAGUUAUGAACAGCUUAAUUUAUAGAAGCGUCGCUUUGUAAUGCGAUUCUUGAAUCUUACCUUUUGCCAUAGAAAUAAGAAAUGACAUGACAAUAUUAAUGAUUGUCUUUGUACAUAUUAUAAUAAUAUUCUACUAAUGUAAAAACACAAUAUUUGAGUUAUAUAACGCUGAUAUAACAUUAAUGUAAAUGUGUGUAAAGUAUUUAUUUAAUUUAAAUAAUUUAUUAAGUAAAUAAAUAUUUGUUUGUAAUAUACGUGUUGAUAAUAAAUCUACUUUUUUAAAUAA